GUGGUGCACGAGUGUGUUGCAAAAGGAUUUUGUCCGCCAAAGCUCGUAAACGGAAGCCAUGUUUGUGUAAUUGCUUGAUAUGUCUAUCCGCUUGAUAUGUCUAUCCGCUGUAGUUCUGUGAGCUUCUGAGCGGACCUCCUGUAAUCAUCAGCCGAACCUCGCUGUUCGUUUACGGAAGCGCGCGCUCCUUCUCUCGUGCCGCCUCGGACGUCUUGUUUGAUUUGAAGGGCACGGGGAAGGCACAGGACACUCACGCGUGCUAGUGUUCCUGCAGCUGUGUCUUUAAAACGCAGGAGGAGACAUUUGUGUUUCUGAGAUGUAGCCUGCCUGGCAGAUCUGUCGCCAGCAUUGCUUCUGCCCCCCCCCGCUGAGGAAGGAAGGAAGGGCUGCUGGGAUGCCGAUGGUUUCAUCUGGCAGCAGGCAACUGGAAAGGGAAGUUCAGUGUGAUUUUUAGGUUAACGGUUCACUUCUUCCUCUUGUGGUUUCUUCAACACCCUUCACCGAGGCUAUACCGAGGCUAACCGACCGCUACACCUGCAGAAACGGUUUACUCCAGAUCCACCUGCUGUUCCUCAACCCAGAAGAAGCAAACAGGUAAAGAAAUCUUAAGAAAUGGACCAAGAUAAUCCAAGCCAAAAAUCCCAGAAGCAAGAAGACGACCCAAAUGAAGCAGCUGAAGCUUUAACAAAAUCUCAAACUUCGGCUCCAGCCACAGCAUCCCCCGCCGGCCAGCCCGGCAGGCCUCGGCGGCCCCAGAGAAGCGCCAGAGUCGAGGGCUCUGUGGACAUCUCAGAGCCCAGAGCUAAGCCCCAAACUGAGCCCAAAGCUGAGCCUCAAGCUGAGCCUCAAGCUGAGCCACAAGCUGAGCCCAAAGCUGAGCCCCAAACUGAGUCCAAAGCUGAGCCCCAAACUGAGUCCAAAGCUGAGCCUCAAGCUGAGCCCCAAGCUGAGCCUCAAGCUGAACCCAAAGCUGAGCCCAAAGCUGAACCCACUCCAGUGGCUGACCAGGACGAGUCCACUCCUGAUGGCUCUGUGGCAAGUCGCCCUAAACCCUCUCGCCCUGGAGCGGUCAAACCCUCAGGAGAGCACAUCGGGCCUAAAGUGGGUCCUAAAGGGCCCGGCCACCACCCAGUGAGGGCCGCCUCCGUUCCCCACCCAGUGGCCUCUCACCAGAACCUCCAUGCUCAGAGGGCCCUCUCUGUGGCCGGUACCGCUGACACUCCACAGGCCCAGACUGUGGAAGACUUCAGGCUGCACAUCAUCACUUGGAACGUGGGUUCGGCCACGCCCCCUGAUGACAUCACUUCCCUGCUGGGGCUGAACGUGGGAGAUGGAAACACAGACAUGUACAUUAUCGGGCUGCAGGAAGUGAACUCCAUGAUUAACAAAAGGCUGAAAGAUGUCCUCUUCACAGACCAGUGGAGCGAGGUCUGCAUGGAGAGACUCAGCCCCUUUGGUUAUGUGCUGGUCACCUCUCAGCGGAUGCAGGGGUGUUUGCUAUUGGUCUUUGCCAAGUACUUCCAUCUGCCCUUCCUGCGCGGAGUCCAGACUGAGACCACCCGCACCGGCCUGGGGGGAUACUGGGGGAAUAAAGGUGGUGUGAGCGCCCGCAUGUCAGUGUUCGGCCACACCAUCUGCUUCCUCAACUGCCACCUGCCGGCUCACAUGGAGAACUCAGAGCAGCGCAUGGAGGACUUUGAGAGCAUCCUGCAGCAGCAGCAGUUCGAGGGCCAGGCUGCCACCGGGGUCCUCGACCAUGAUGUGGUGUUCUGGUUCGGAGAUCUCAAUUUCCGCAUUGAUGAGUUGGAUAUGCAGGUUGUGAAAUCAGCCAUCGAUAACAACAAGUAUCAAAUGUUGUUGGAAAAGGAUCAGCUCAAUAUGGCCAAAGACAGUGAGACGGUGUUGGAGGGUUUCCAAGAGGGGGCGCUGAAAUUUCCUCCCACCUACAAGUUUGACGUUGGAACCGAUACAUACGACACAAGCGGGAAGAAGCGUAAACCAGCUUGGACCGACCGGAUUCUGUGGCGCCUGAGAGCCACGGCCGGGUCUGCUCUGAACGCAGGGAAGCGUGGGUCCAUGUUGGGUCUGACCAGCGGGACCAAAGUGACCCAGCACUACUACCGAAGCUACAUGGAGUACACAGUCAGUGACCACAAACCGGUGUCCUCCAUCUUCACCCUGCAGUUCCCGUACAAGGUGGAUAUUCCCCUGGUCACUAUCAUGGUGGAGGACGAGUGGAACUGUAUUGCUGAUGCCGUAGCGAGGUUCAAACUGGUGCCAAACUUCCCCCGCAGCUCCUGGGACUGGAUGGGACUCUACAAGGUGGGUUUCAAGCACCAUAAGGACUAUGUGGGAUAUGUGUGGGCGAAGCAAGAGGAAGCUGAUUUCACUCGACCAGAACAUCAGGUAACCUUUACUGAGGAGGAAUUGCCCAAAGGCUCAGGCGACUUUAUCUUGGGUUACUAUAGCAACAAUAUGAGCACCAUUGUGGGUGUCACAGAGCCAUUUCAGAUCCAGCUUCCCACUUCAGGUCCUGAAGCCAGUUCUUCUGACAGCUCGGACAUCAGCUCAGAGGACGAAAGCACCGUCAUCAUGAAGACGAGGUCCCGCAGUCCCAGUCCACGCAAGGCCAAGCACCGCCAUCACCACCACCACCGCAGCCACAGCCGAGGCAGCCCUGAACAGGCCAAAAUGAAAAUGCUCAAUGUCACUGAUGCCUCUCCAUCCAACACUACAGCGGAGAAUGAGUGAGUCCACUAGACCUCCAGCAGAGGGCAGCAGCAGCCAGGUGUCUGCUUCUGGGGAGAAAGAGAAAGACAGUGAGGGUUCAGGAGUGUGAGACAGGUGACAUAUCCAACUACAGUGUCUUUUAUUAAAUACCUUCACGACAUUGUAUGUUUUCUGUCAUGAACAUCUACAGUUUUCUGAUGCCAUCCUUUUCAGGAACAGCCAUCUGGUUUGUCUAGAAGGCUAACUUUGCCUUGAGUUGUUCUAUUUAGCCGUGCACAUUGUAGAUUUUUUAUUUUUAAACCUUUAAUUCUGUCCCGUGUUCCUUCAACCUUUGUCCUUUUCUCAGGUGUGGACAGUACAGGGAGCUGACACCUUGCAUUAGGAAAUAAUUCCCCAUAUUCCAACAAUGAUUUGAAACUCUGCACUGACCUAAAUAGCAGUCACGCUUUUAAGACAAGGAGUAGGACAUACUUGACAGAGACAUUUCUCCCAUAUCAACUAGUCUGCUUAGUUGUGGAACAUGUAGCAUAUGGAACAAAUCAGCUCUGACAAAACGGACCAUAGAAAAAUAGUAAAAAACAGAUUUUGUUUUAACACUUUAACACACCAAGGCCCUAAAACCUCCCACAACGGCAUACUUGAGGGGUUGAGGCUCUGAAGAUAGGGAAGGCUAAUAUUUGAACAACUGUCAUACAUGUUUUAAGCACCACAACAUAUUUGUUUAUGAUUAAAACAAUGAUAAUAAUAAUAGAUUACUAGGCUACGGAAAAACGAGAUGUGACCAUUUCAGGCUAAUAUGCUACUGCUACGGUUAUGAAAUGCAUGUUACUAAUUACUGUGACCUUUAACAAUGAUAAUGCUGAGACACCAACCGUUGCUGUGCAAACAUUGCCAACAUGCAUACAGUCAAUGUACAUUAGACAGUAUAGAACGGGUCUGCAACCUUUUUGACCAAAAGAGCCAUUUUGCCCCCUUUUCCACCAAUUUCUUUUGUCUGGAGCCGCAAAACAUAUUUGAUAGCUUGAUAGCUUAUAAAGUUGUAUAUAUUGUUACAUCAUAGACAAAAACUACCGUUUUUUUGCAUUUAUUAUUUAUUACAUUAUAGAAAACUGUUUACCUCUAAUAAUAAACAAAGAACUCUUAUAAGGAGAAUUAAAAAAAAUGCACAGGCCUAUGCAGGAUAUGACGCAUAUUUUAUAUAGGAUCUUAAUUCUCUCUCAGAGCAUAUUUUAUCUUAUUUUUGUAUGUGUCACAGUAUCACCUCAAAAUACAAGAUACGAAACAUUUUCAACCGUACAACAAAAUAGAAAUAGUCCUACAAAUAUUUUCAUUUGAUUUCCUUCUUAUUUUUGUCUAAGCUCAAGGGAGCCAGAGUAGAGGGCUUAAAGAGCCGCGGGUUGCCGAUCCCUGGAAGAACGAGAUUUAACAAGAGAUUUAACAAUGCCAGACUUAUGUGCUAUAAUAACUUAUUCUGUGGUGCCCAAAACAAGUUUGAAACUAGUCUUCCCUUCAGAGCCUCACCCACCGCCUAGGCUCUUGUGGAUAUUCUUUGCUUUGUAAAUUCAGCAUGCAUUACACAGCAACAUCUUACGUAACACGGGGAACCUUUCCCAAGAUCCACCACUGGGAAUAAAGUCCCUUCAGUGCGCAUGAGAAAAGAGAGCAUGGACACUGGAGUUUAGGGGGCUCGGCCACCGGCCCUGGCAGCAGCAGACCACAUGUCAGCUUAGAAAGUGAAUAUGAGCGUGAAGGCCUUUAAAUAGACCACCAUAUCAGUGGGAUGUGAUCGCCGUGGGAGGCUAGCUGUAAGAACUAGUUGUUGGCUACUUAAUCUGCUUUACUAACUUCAGUGUUUACUUCAGCAAUAUCUGACCCAGGAAACAUUUACAGUAUAUUGCUUGGACACAUACCUUUUAUGUGAGUGAAUGAGCCAUAUUUAUUUAAAGUAAAAUAAAAAAGCUAUACAACUGAUAAUCAAUCCUGACAUCUCUGACAACUGUGAGCAGGAUCUCUACUAUUUAGAGCUACUACAGGCCUUUGCAUAUAGCGUUAGUGGUAUGAUGCAAAGCUAACGUGUUCCGCUAAUGACUUUACUUUCAUUCAGUUCACUGUGUAUGUUUCUUGUGUUUUCAUCUUGCUUAGAUACUCCCUUACUGAUCCUGGUGGUUAGCUGACAGUGACAAUAGUCACAGUAGUCGUGUUGCAUUGUUACCGUGUGACCUAUGAUGCAUCAUAUUAGACACUUUGUACUUUUGGGCUGUUAGCAUAGGACAGUGUAUGCUGUAGUAGCUGUAACCUCAGUGUGUACGUCUGUAAUCGGUUGUUGUGUGUAUGUGUUUUUAUCGACGUGAGUGUGUUUUGGAUGGGGGGGGGGGAAUGUGUGUGUGUGUGUGCUAGAGUUAGCAGUGAAUGGUGUGUGAGUGCGUUUGCAUGGUUUGCAGCUGGACAUACUGUACAUUCCGGUACUGUGAUUUUUGUGCCGUAAAGUGCUGUUUUGGACUCCUCUUUGUUAUAAUUGUGGCUGUGAAACUUGUUAGGAAAAUUAUGUAAGGACAGUAUACAAAUGCUACUUCAGUGUACGUGUUAGGUGAAGAAAACGCAGGAUAGCAAUGCCUGCAGAAAUCUAAAAAAGUUCAGAUCAUUUCAUAGUGCAUUCAUGUAUUUUCUUGUUUUCAAAAUGAAAAAUAUAAUGGACCUUUGUUUAGAGUAAGAUGUUUGAAAAAGAUUAAGAUUGUAUGACUUUGUCCUACUUUAGGUGAUUUAGAUAAAUAUGGUCAGCUAUGCAGUAAUGACCAGUGUCUAUUUAUUGUGAAAUGUUAAUGAAAUAAUGCUCUGUCAGAAUAACAGAAUGUUAUUGUUUUGUAAUUAUGUGGCAGUAUGUAUCUAAACUACAAAUAUGAAAUAUGAUAUAAUACAUAAAAUGGAUGACAAUCUAUGCCACAAAGAUUAUUUUACUUAAAUUAUGUAUUUAUUUUCUUAUUUAACUGUAAAUGAGCCUGAAUUCUGCUGGCCAGUGAGGGAGCAUUAUUUCAAUGGAUAUUAUAGAAUAUUGAUUAUUGCUCUGUCAGGAACUAUGAAGAGAGUGUCUGAUUCUGCCAUUUACAUUUUAGAAAAUCCAGUUUAAAUGUUGCUUUUAUUGUAAAUGUAGAUUGUUUAGUCUACAGGACUUUGUAUAAUUGUGAAAUUGACAAAAAAUGAGCAAGUCUGUGAGAUAAUAUUUGUUAUGAGAAUUGUUUAUCUCUGUGAAAUUACCUGAUCAGCGAGGCAAAAAUGUUUUUAGGGGUUGGUUCCUUAGUUAUCAAACUGUCCAAAGAAAUAAUACAACCCUCUUCAAAUUGUGA